GUGAACAGAAAGCAGCGGAGGGCAGUUGAGGGGAAAGGCAACAGCGCUGAGCAGACACCAAGGUUACGCUUGAGAAGUCUGAGGGGGAAUUAAACAAAGCACAGAGAGGCAGAAAAGGGAAAGAACAGGUAGAGUUGGUUGGCUUUCAAUCUUGCCUCACAGCUAAUUACCACUUUCUUACUGUGGUGAAAGAAAGCAAACAGACGCCAAGUGAGAAAAAAAAAAACUGCAAGCAGAAAAGGGCAGCGGAAGGCAGGAGAAGAGAAAGCAGAAGUAACAAGAGAGGGAGGCAAAGACGGCAGUUAGAAAGUCGGGUCCCAAAGAUUAAUUGAGGAAGAGAAACAAAACAGGAGAGACGAAGCCGUAAGGAGCGAGCGAGGGAGGGAAUAAGUGAGAAAGCAGCAGAUACUCAUUGACAGAGAGGACUGGACUAAACUCAAUGGAUUACUGACAUCAGCAAAACAAAAGAAGAAGAGCGUCAGAAAAGAGGCCACUGUAGUCCACAGCAGCAGCUUGCCUGAGCCGGUCUACUAUGCAACCCAGACAGCUGAGAUAGACAAGCUCAACACAGACAGCCCUCCCUGUAACUCCACCAUGUUGAUGAAAGAGUACCGCAUAUGUAUGCCACUGACUGUGGAUGAGUACAGGAUUGGCCAGCUGUACAUGAUCAGUAAGCACAGCUGCGAGCAGAGUGGUGGGGGAGAAGGGGUGGAGGUGGUGACGAAUGAGUCAGAUUCUCACCCCCAGCACGGCCCCGGACAGCUGACGGAGAAGCGCAUCUACCUCAGCAGUAAACUGCCGUCCUGGGCGAAAACAUUUGUCCCGCGGUUCUUCUACGUGACAGAAAAGGCCUGGAACUUCUACCCGUACACCAUCACAGAGUACUCGGUAUCAUUCCUCCCCAAGUUCAGCAUCCGCAUUGAGACAAGAUUCGAGAACAACAACGGCGAUAACAGCAAUGUGUUUGGGGACACGCCAACCCCAGAAGAGGAUGUGAGUUUCCUGGAUAUCCUGAUUGACCCCAUCCCUGAAAAGCACUACAAAGAGUCAGAGGAUCCGAGUCGCUGGCUGUCCAGUAAAACUGGCCGAGGGCCUCUGGAGAAAGGCUGGAGAGACAACCACAAGCCCAUGAUGUGCUCCUAUAAGAGGGUGCAGUGCAGCUUCGAGGUGUACGGCUUCCAGACCAGGACUGAGGAGUUCAUACACAGAAACAUCCGGGACAUUCUUCUGGUUGGCCACAGGCAAGCAGUGACGUGGAUAGACGAAUGGCACGGGCUGAGUAUUGAGGAGGUGAGAGAGUACGAGCAAGCAAUGCAAGAGAAGACCAACAAUAAAGUCAAAUCCAGUCAGAACACAGACUCCCCGGCUGCCUCGCGUCCUGUGUUCUCUCGCUCCAUCUCAGUGACAGACGAGCGUACCCUGAAGAAGAUGGGAGUGACGACUGCGGCCAUGUCUGACCCCUCUGCCUCCUCUGUGCCCCACGGUCCCAUUCGCCUCAACUCCACCCCUGAAUGACCCCUUACACACAUGUAUUGUACAGCGCAUACACAUAGGAACCAAUGGUCGACGCAUGUCUGUCAAAUAUAAGGCUACAGCUAACAGCUGGUUAGCUUAGCUCAGCAUAGAGGCAGGGAACAGUAGGUAACUGCUAGCUUGUGCAAAGGUGAUAUAAUCCACCUCCAUGCACUUUAAAAGAUUAAAGUUUGUUUAGUCUGUACAAAAAGUAUAUAUUCAGUUUCAGGGAUUGGUGUAAUGGUCAAUGUUGUAUCCUAUGACCGUAAAACACUGAAUUGUUGUUGGACUCAAGUGAGAUAUAACAUCUUUAGGUGCAGUGGUAGGCAGAUUUUGGAACCGUUAGAGACAUCGAGCUGUUUUUCCCUGUUUCCAGUCUUUGUGCCGAGCUAAGCAAAAGCUGCUGGCUGCUGGCUCCAUAUUUACAGUACACGUAUGAAAGCAGUAGGCUAUAGAUCUUCAUAUCUAAUUCUCCAGCAGAGAGCAAAAUAAUGCAUUUCCUAAAAUGUUCCGCAAGACCAUCAUAGAAAUAUGUAUCUAUUCUUCUGCACAUGUCGUUUCUGAAUCUAAAACAAGUUUUACUGUUGUAUUCAAAAAUCCUACCAGUGUCUUCGACAACCUGUAAACUUGGUGCAUUUCAGUGCUUUUUGUCAGUUCAUCAGCGAUAGUGUAGCUCAGCGACCACCAGCAGCGCUCUCCGAUUGUUUCCUAACCCCCUCCCAGCAGCCUACAGACAGAUGCAUACAGAGUUUAAUAGAGUGGAUCUAAUGAGAGGGAAGAAGAGAACGGAGGAGGCGGCUAUAGAUCUGUUCCCCUCUCCAACCUCAGCCAAAAGUCAGCCCAGGUGUAUUGACAGAGAGCAGUGAGGCGUCGUAUUGGUUCCUUGAUCACUUAGCCCACAGCAAAGUGGUCCAGCCAGGGCUAAACUUCCACCAUGAGUCAAUAAUAUUACCAUUUAUAAGACUAUUAGCUUAAUUCUUGUCUGUACAUUUAGAGGAGAAUGGGUUUUCAUCAUCAGGGAUCAACGAUGGCAACGAUGAAACGUGUUUGUUGUUCUUAUUCGUUAAACCUUUUUCAAGUGGAAGAUGUAUGUGGACAUUACACUGUAUAGUCCUUUGUAAUGGAUUUUUAUCAAUAAAUACAAUGUAUAUCCAA